AUGGCAAGCCGCGAACCUCCAUGGCGGGCGUCGACCGUCCAGAUCUCCAGGAAGCCUCCCGCAUCAACGAUACCCAGUAAGCGACCAGCAGACACCCAAGAAGACGCCUGGGUUGCGGACGAAGACCGCUUCGUACUGGAACAAGCGAAGAAGAAGGCGGCUAUCCGAGUGAAGGCAGGACGAGCGCGGCCCAUAGACUGGUUGGCUGUUACACUGCGGGUCGUGGAUCCAAGCAGGGAUCUUUUGGACGAGGACGAUGCAGAUUCCGACAUUGAUAUUGUCGAUCCGGAGGGUGUCUUCGAGGGCCUCAACAACGAUGAGCUGGAAGAGCUGGAGAAAGACAUAGACACGUAUGUUGCCCUCGAGACUACCCGAAGCAACCAGGACUUCUGGAAUACCAUGAAGAUCAUAUGCAAAGACCGGAAGCAGAAGUCAAAGCCAGCUGCACCAGAAGCGCGAGGUGUCAGCUCAGUGUCCGCCGACGUCGAUCGCCUGCUGGGCCCGAAGUCAUACGCCGAGCUCGAAAAGCUGGAGAAGCAGAUCCGAGCAAAGCUCAACUCGAACGAGCCAAUUGAUGUCGACUACUGGGAACACCUGCUCCGAAGCCUUAUAGUGUGGAAAGCAAGGGCAAAGUUGCGAGGCGUUUCAGAGACAAUCUUUAAGAGCCGGCUGGACAAGUUGCGCAAGCAACAGGAAGAUGAGGCUCUUGCGGUUCGUGGCAAGUUGGGAACUAUCCUUGGGAACUCAAAGCGGCAGCAUCGCUCGUCCGGAGAUGCAGACAUGACCUCACCCAUACCACCUGCAUCGGCCCCUGAUCCCGAACCGAUCCUGAAACUGUGUCUUGAAGAUAAGCGUCUGGACUCAAUCAGUGAGAAAGAGUUCCUCCAGAAUAUCACCGCUGAACGACAACGGAUCCUGAAACUGGGUUAUGUUCCCACGCGGCAACGCAACAUGGAGAAACCAUCAGCAAGUUUGGUUCUGAAGACCAACGACGCUGAUCCAGCAGGAAGCUCAAGGUUUGCCGCAGCUCCCAACGACGACUUCUCCCAAGCAACGACAGCGUUGUAUGAGCGAGAGGUAGCGCGGGGAGUGAACGAGAACGAGGAGAUUUUCACUGGCGAGGAGGACGUCACAGCAAUCGCUAAGCCUCUGUGGGCGAACAAAUACAGGCCCCGGAAGCCGCGAUACUUCAACCGUGUUCAGAUGGGCUACGAGUGGAACAAGUACAACCAGACACACUACGACCACGAGAAUCCGCCACCAAAGGUCGUGCAAGGCUACAAAUUCAAUAUUUUCUACCCGGAUCUUAUCGACAAGACAAAGGCGCCUACAUACAAGAUUGAGAGAGAGAACGGCCGCAAGCGUGGUCAGUCUUUCGCACCCGCCGGAGAAGAGGACACCUGUUUGAUCCGUUUCGUGGCCGGACCUCCAUACGAGGACGUCGCCUUUCGUAUCGUCGACAAGGAAUGGGAUUAUAGUGCGAAGAGAGAACGAGGCUUCAGAAGCAGCUUUGACAAGGGCAUUCUUCAGCUCCAUUUCCAGUUCAAGAAAAUAUACUACCGGAAAUAG